AUGGGCUCCGGGCCCGCACUGCCGGCUGGGGCUGUGGGUGUGAAGGAGGCCGGGGUGCAGGCGCCAGCACCCGGCUGGCUCGCCGUGCCCUGAGGGCCAGCUCCCGGGUUGGAGAGCGCGGGGCCUGCCGCCGGCUUCCCAUCACACCCGGAGCCUGCAGCGGGGUCUCCAGUUCCGCGUGACACGAGUCCGCCCGCCCCACCCCGUGUUCCCGUGCUGGACUUCCAGAUCGCAACAGUGUUGCAUUGAUUUCCGAGGACUGUGUUCGCAUCCCGGUUGGACACGCGGGAAUCCUCUGUCACCAUGCCGACAGUGGUAGUAAUGGACGUCUCUCUCUCCAUGACCCGGCCCGUGUCCAUCGAGGGCUCCGAGGAGUACCAGCGGAAGCACCUAGCAGCCCAUGGCUUGACGAUGCUGUUUGAGCACAUGGCCACAAAUUACAAGCUUGAAUUCACGGCCUUGGUGGUGUUUUCGUCCCUCUGGGAGCUGAUGGUCCCCUUCACGCGAGACUAUAACACCCUACAGGAAGCGCUAAGUAAUAUGGAUGAUUAUGACAAAACCUGUUUGGAGUCUGCCUUGGUUGGUGUGUGCAACAUCGUCCAGCAAGAGUGGGGUGGUGCGAUUCCUUGCCAGGUUGUCCUGGUGACGGAUGGCUGUCUUGGCAUUGGUAGAGGGUCGUUGCGGCAUUCCCUAGCUACCCACAAUCAAAGAAGUGAAAGCAACAGGUUCCCACUACCUUUUCCUUUCCCAUCGAAGUUGUACAUCAUGUGCAUGGCAAAUCUGGAGGAGCUUCAGAGCACGGAUUCUUUGGAAUGCCUCGAACGUCUCAUCGAUUUAAACAAUGGUGAAGGGCAAAUUUUCACCAUUGAUGGCCCCUUGUGCUUAAAAAAUGUACAGUCUAUGUUUGGAAAACUGAUAGAUCUGGCAUAUACACCUUUCCAUGCUGUUCUCAAGUGUGGCCACCUGACAGCGGAUGUGCAGGUUUUCCCCAGGCCAGAGCCUUUUGUUAUAGAUGAAGAAAUUGAUCCUAUACCGAAAGUCAUUAAUACAGAUUUGGAAAUAGUGGGAUUUAUUGAUAUAGCUGAUAUUUCAAGUCCCCCUGUUCUGUCCAGACAUUUAGUGUUACCCAUAGCACUUAACAAAGAGGGUGAUGAGGUGGGUCCUGGCAUCGCUGACGACAACGAAGAUGAAAAUUCAGCCAACCAGAUUGCAGGCAAAAUACCCAACUUCUGUGUCCUGCUCCAUGGGAGCCUCAAAGUGGAAGGAAUGGUGGCGAUUGUUCAAUUAGGUCCUGAAUGGCAUGGAAUGCUCUACUCCCAAGCUGACAGCAAGAAGAAAUCAAACCUCAUGAUGUCUCUUUUUGAGCCUGGCCCAGAACCUCUCCCGUGGCUAGGGAAGAUGGCACAGCUGGGUCCUAUUUCAGAUGCGAAAGAAAACCCAUAUGGUGAAGAUGACAACAAGAGCCCAUUCCCCCUGCAGCCCAAAAACAAGCGCAGUUACGCCCAGAACGUGACCGUCUGGAUCAAACCAAGUGGCCUGCAGACAGAUGUACAGAAGAUUUUAAGAAAUGCAAGGAAACUACCUGAGAAAACACAGACAUUCUACAAGGAGCUGAACCGUUUACGAAAGGCCGCUCUGGCCUUCGGAUUCCUGGACCUGCUCAAGGGGGUGGCUGACAUGCUGGAGAGGGAGUGCACGCUGCUGCCCGACACGGCCCACCCCGACGCUGCCUUCCAGCUGACCCAUGCUGCCCAGCAGCUCAAGCUGGCCAGCACGGGCACCUCCGAGUACGCUGCCUAUGACCACAACAUCACACCUCUGCACACAGACUUCUCUGGGAGCAGCACUGAAAGGAUGUAAAGCUGGCCUUUUGAAGCCAACUUUUUUCCUAUCAGUUGAAAAUGAGUAAAAACCAUUCCAGGAUGGUCACCCCUAAAACAGCCACCCAGGAGCCUCUCUAAGA